AUGGGGUCCAACAAAGUCUCGGUGGUCCAGCAGUCGCACGGGAUGCACCCGCUGACCUCCCUCCUGCCCUACAACAACGAUCACUUCAGCCCCAGCCCUCCACACCUGCCCACAGACAUGAGCCAGAAGACAGGCGUUCACAGGCACCAGUCCCAGGACAUAUCGGGGUAUUAUUCCCUCCCUCCAGGCGGUGUGGGCCAAAUCACUCCGUCCAUGAGCUGGCAGAGCCAGCCAGUCUAUCCUGCCCUGUCCCCCUGUGGAUUCAGGCAACCCUACUCCUCCAAUCUCCCCAGCGCUUCGUCCUACUCCAGGUUCCCCCACUCACUGAUGCUCGGACCAUCGGGCAUGCAUCCUACGGGGAUCCCCCACCCAGCAAUAGUGCCUCCCUCAGGCAAACAGGAGCACGACCAAUAUGACAGGGGCAUGAAGCCACAGGUGGAAGCCAAGCGGGAGAAAGAGCCCAAGAAACCAGUCAUCAAGAAACCCCUGAACGCCUUCAUGCUGUACAUGAAGGAAAUGAGGGCAAAGGUCAUCGCCGAGUGCACGUUAAAGGAGAGCGCCGCCAUCAAUCAGAUUCUGGGGCGACGGUGGCAUGCUCUGACCCGGGAGGAACAGGCAAAGUACUACGAGCUAGCCAGAAAGGAAAGACAACUGCACAUGCAGCUCUACCCAACUUGGUCUGCUAGGGACAACUACGAGGCGGGCCUUAGCGGGGUCGCAGGGGAAAAGAGUAAAGCUGAUUGGGGCAAGAAGAAGAGGAGAAAAAGGGAGAAGCAGCAGGACGCCAACACAGACCCGGGCUCUCCUAAGAAAUGCCGGGCUCGCUUUGGCCUCAACCAACAAACGGACUGGUGCGGCCCCUGCAGGAGGAAAAAGAAGUGCAUUCGCUACCUUCAAGGAGGAGGCUGCCCCAGCCCAACUUCUUCAGAUCUAAGUGCUAUAGACUCUCCCCCCUCCCCGCCCCCCGCCCCCCACCGCCACAUCUACCAGCGCCCGCCCUCCCCGGGCUGCUCCCCGCCUCCCACGUCCCCGCCGUCGCGCCCCCCCUUCCCCCAGCACACGCGCCCACACACACGCUUCCCCCCGGAGCCCCGCCCCCCCCCGGCCAAACUCCGCCCCUCGCAGCUGGAACUGCCCAGCAAGCAGACGCACUGCUCCACCCCGCUGUCAGCCGCCAAGGUGGCCGGACUGUCCCUCAAAGUGCUCACAGACGCUCAGUGA